CCGGAGUUUCGUGCCAGUUCCCGGACGGCGAAAUUGAGCGUCAGCAGAUGCUGGCGGCAGAAUGUGCAGCUUCUCGAAUGAAAUAGGUUGACUUGGUCAGGCGCAGUUAUGCUUUUGGUAUUUUGACUACAUAACUGGGCGCAAAAGCAGCAUACUCGAUAUCCUCUCUUGGCGACUCUCCUCAACCAUGGCUAGCAACCAAGCGUCUCACACCGAUCCCAAAGAUUACAGCCCCUCCGUCUUCAGCCAAGACACCCUCGUCGCCUCCGACACCAACUCCCUGCACCCGCUCAUCCGCAACGCCGAAAGCAACACCGACCAACCCCUCCGAGGCACCGAGCCCCAGCCCGCUCGGUCCGACAACUACCACUACGUCUCUACGCGCGUCGUCAAGGAAAUACCCAAGGCCAAGACGCCUGCCGACCCGAAUAGCGCCUUGAGCAAGUUCAAGAGGAUGCUGAAACCUCCUGCUGUGAGGGCAGUUGAGGCCCUGCCUACCCAUGAAGGGAAGUCGUAUCACGUUGACGAGGAGGGACGGAUUAUUGAGACUACGGCUCGGAGAGCAGGUACAUCGCGGAACGUCUUUGCUAAUGGCGAUGCUGGUGGUGGCGGGGGAUCCUAAAGUUGACUUUAGGAGCAGACGGAACGUAAUUUCACAGGCUAAGCGAACUGGAGAACGUCGACA